UACAUUUAAUGUGUUUCAUUAAUCAAUUGAACGUCAUUUAAAAUUAUAAAAAUGUGUACAUGAAAUGUUUAAUACUUCAUCGAAAAUUAUUUAAUAUCGAUAAGAAAUUUCUACCUAAGAUAUGAUUGAUCAAUCUAUGGUAUUUUCCGCAAAGAACUGUUUCAUACGGUUUAAAGAGAAUGCAAAUAAUAUAGAAUGUGAUAAGAUUACAACUGCUUUUAAUCAGGUGUAGGUAACAGAUAAGCAUCACUCUUUUGGAAAAUUCAGUAGUAUCAGGUUCAGAGAUGCCAGCUUAUAGGUGGGUUAAUCGAAGUGCAGGGCAAAAUUUGCCGGAAACCGCGGUCACCGGAGGUCGUGACAUAGAUGGGUCAACCAUCUACGUCGGCAGAGCUUUCCACGACGGUGACAUGAUUCCAGCGAAAGUAAUCCCCGAUAAAAAUAUCGCCUAUGUCUGUCACAAUGGAGAAGAACACCAGAAACAUGAUUUCGAAGUUUUGUGCAAAGGAGAAUUCGAAUGGGAGUUCUCCUCCAACGGAGCAAUCCCAGGCGACGCGGUGAUCGCAGGACAGACCUCCGAUGGAGAACCUCUGUAUGUUGGCCGUGUUCUCCAUAAUGGAUCCCAAACAGUUGGCAAGGUUCAACCUAGCCAUGGAUGCUUAUACAUCCCCUUCGACGGCGAGGAAUUGUCUUUCAAAGACUACGAAGUGCUCGUAAUUCAUUGAGUAUAAUAAAACUAAGGUUGUCAGUUCUUAUUAAUGGGAAUAGCAUUCUUUAUAUGAUAUGCCACAUAAUAUGCCAUUUUUAUUGAAAUUGUACACAUUAAUCAUCUCUCAAAAUAAAUAAAUUAUUACCUGUUCUCUUUCACAA